AUGAUUUAUCUCGAUCAUGAGGGCAAGCUCAAGACCUUCGAAUCUCAAUCUAUUGAGCGAAAAAACGCCAGUGUGUUUACUCCGGAAGUCUGCCAGAAUUUUCUCAGUAUUCUAGGGGAACGCAUCGACUAUCACCAGCGCGCUCGCCAGGAAAUAGAUCUAUCUCGGCGCCGGGUGAGGCACCGCAAGAGGAAAGCAUCCGCCGAGUUUGUUUUCGAAAAGCCUUUGGAUGAACAGGGCAGCAGAGGCCUUUUCACUGGCGCCCUCAAGCGCUUUCAGCAGUCUAACUGCAGUAUCGUCGCCAAGGCAUUUAUCAAGUUCAUCGAGCCGCACAAACAGGCCAAACACCCUUAUAGUGGAGGCAAACCACCCCCAGGAUCGGCCCCAGGCACUUACCGCGACCCCGAAAAGUCCAAGCCAAAAUGGUGGCCCUAUACUGUAAUGCAUAGGGAACCUGACCACUUGAUAAAAGAAGAGCGCAUCAAAUUGCUCCUGCACAUUAUCCGCAACCUUGGUGACCGUGGAAUUACUGCUGAUAAGCUGAAGGAAGUUGCUAGAGAAACCAAGAGGAGAUUGAAGCACCCAAGCGACUUCGACAUCGUCGAUGAGAUACUUCGGGUUCGAAAGAUGGAGGAACUACUUGAGCGAGGUGUAGUUGAUGCUAACACGGCUGUCGUCUACAUCGUGAACUGUGAUCCUCGCCCCACGGCCUCAGAGGCUGUCGGAGAGCCUCUACAAAUCAAGCAGGAACUGGCGCCUAUAUCUGUCGAGCAAGCACCUGCUGCCCUGACCACAGCAAUUGAGUCUCUCCAUUCGACUCCAGUCUACUCUUUCCCAGGUAGCUUCUCCAUGCCUAACCAUCUGAAAUUCGAAGUUGGCGGCCGACAAAAUAAUCCUUAUUACACCGUUUCGCCCAAAUACACCAACCCUUUCUUCCAUCCAAUGCUCGGCACUCCCAUGACUUCAAAGAUGGCCAGUUCGCAGGACACUCCGGUCUUCAAAUACUCCGUUCAGAACCCUUUCAUAGCAUCCACCUCUGUUCAUGAUCAAACUGGAGAUCCAGGUUACUACGGCCCCAGGAUCAAUACAGACAGUGACCAGGAGGUCUCCAACCGAGCGGACUACAGUUCACCAGAAACCAGUCAGAAAGUUCCACCUCCCCCGAUGAAAUACCACAUAUCUACGACCCCUGCGCAUUUGCAAGGUACGACCCACAAUUAUUCUCAGAUCCCUCGGGCUCUGUAA